UUCAUGAAUGAGACGGAGAGGAGAUGUCAGCUGGAUAUAAACAGAGCAGAUCAGAUCGGUCCUGCACAGACUUCCAGACCUCCAUCCAGACAGCAGAACAUCCAUCCAGAACCAUGAAGAUCCUGCUGACUCUCUGCCUCCUGAUCUUCCUCUGCUUCCUGUGUUCCAGCUCUGCAGCUCCACUUGGUCCAGGGCUGGUGUCCAUGGGUUUCUGCUGCUCACACAACACCAAUAUGACGAUUCCUAAAGUGAAGGUGAAGAACCUGGAGAUGUCUUCUGGGCACUGCAAACUCAGAUCUGUCAUAGUCAUCACAGAGAGGAAGAAGUUCUGCCUUGAUCCCAACGGGAGCUGGACCCAGGAACUACAGAGAGAGUUUGAGAAAGAGGCCUCCACUGACCUGUGAAUCUGGGUCAGAACCAAGUUUGGUUGCGCAGAAAGAACCGUUUUGAUGUGAGCUGUUUCUAGUGACACACUGGACGUGUCACUUAGUGACUGAUUCACAACUUGAACUCAUAAUUUAUGAUUUUACAGAAACUUUGGGUUGUUUUUCUCCUUGUUUCAGUUUGUCAGCUAGAAAACAUGUUGCUAUGAAGGUUCUCUCUGAGAUCAGAAAUGGAGCUCAUGUUCAGUUCUGGUUUCAUGCAGUUUACACAACAAAGUUACUCCUUUCACAAUAAAAGCUCUAUUUUUGUA